AUGACGCAGGGAACGCGCGAGGGGUUCGAGUUGGCGACGACGUGCGCGAGGUGGCAUCCGGGGGCGCUGCGGCCGCACGCGGCGGCGCUGGAGAAGGCGUGCGCGGCGAUCGUGAGUUCGAGCGAGGAUGAAGACGCGCGCGGGCGCGCGGUGGUGUGUUUGGCGGCGCUGCCGAGAAUCGCGGGCGAUGCUGGGGCUUGGAGCGCGCACGCGAGGCGCGUGAUGUACGCCGCGCACUCGGCGAUGCACGACGCGUUCGAAGGCGCCGAGGACGGCGAGCUCAAGCGUCAACUCGACGUUACGCUCGCACCUCCGACCGAAACGUUGCCGAAACCGUUCACCGAGGGAGGGUGGCCGCUCGGUUCGAUCGAGGCUUUGGUUUCAAUGUUGGAGUGUCUCGAGGAAAUGUGUCGCGCUCGAUUUCCGUGCGCCGUGCCGAUGCCCACCGCCGCCGCGGUGACGCUCGUCGCUCGAGCGCUCGCGUGCGAUGGCACGCCGGUGGCGUCCAUACCGGGGCUUCCACCGUCUCCGGUGGCGCCAGAGCUCGUCGUCGCGUUGCCGCGCGUGCACAUCGCGGCUUUGGGGGUAUUAGAGGCGCUACUAGAGACGGCGCGAACCACGGCGCUGCCGCAGGGAGGUAGAAUAGCUAGAGCUCUCGAGGGCGUGCUGCGGGCUAGCGCGCCUUCGCCGAGCGACGUCGAGAAUGGGGAACCAAUUCGGCAUCGCAUGCACGCUCGCGCGUGCGCGCACGACGCCAUCGCCAUUGCUUCGUACGCGCUCGGCGGGGCGUACGUGAGCGGCGAGCUCGCAUCCGCGGUCGCUUCGUUCGUCAUUCAAGAUGCGAAACCGUGUGGAACGGGGAAGAGCGCGCUCGCCAGCGGUGGUCAACAAAGCAAAGCGAGUGCGAAGAAACGCAAAAAAGGUGGCGCGUGGGGUAACGCCACGGCAGAAGGUUUGGACGAUCUCACUACGGCUGCGGCUUUGGACGAUAUGAGCGGCCCCUCGGCGGGGUCGGCGGCUUUGGAAGCCAUCAAGUUGCAAACAUCCGCGCUGCGAGCGCUGACUGCGAUGCUCACGAUCGCCGGCGCCAUGCUCGCUCCGGGCAUUCGAUCGAGAAUGGACGUCACGAUCUCACAAGCAAUCGCGCAAGUGUGCGAUUUGUCCGCGCCGAUGGCUGAGGUGGACGACGCGAGCGCCGAACGCCGCGAUGCGGCGUUCGACGCUCUCCUCGCGUCCGUGCUGGCACCUCGACCUUUCCGAUCGCCGAAUCUACCCUUAGCCGUGGCUGUGUUCGCCAAGGGUUCGUGCGAUCCGCAGACGUCGAAGAAGUGCGCGCAGGCGGCGCUCGCGAUUAACGCGUUGUUGCACCCGUCGGCGCCGCCGUUGGCUUCGCAAGCCAUUGCGCCGCCUGUCGAGCGCAUGGGUGCCGAAAGUAACGCGAUGGCACCACAGUGGGCGUCAUUUACAUUUGACGCGCACACUGCGGCGAACGUCGGCGCCGCUGACGCGCUGCGAGCGAGCGUUGGUGAUUAUUACAAGACGGCGGAUGCGCCGACGGCGAUAAACGCCGCGGUCAAACAGAAUGCCGUGGCGCCUGCACCCGUCGAUGAUGAGCCCGACGGCGAGAAUGUCGAUAUGGAAAACAGCGAAUUGCCGGCGAAUGCAAACGCAACCGUGCAGCCGGCCGAGGUCGAGGCGUUCAAAAACGUCCCCGUCUCCGGAUUCGGAGCGGCCGCCGGCGCGCCGGCGUUCGCCGCGCCAAAGGCAAAUGUCGAACCACCGACGGACUUCAUCUCCUUCUCCGCACCCGCGAAUAAAAAGGCCAAAUCGGACAUGUGGGACACCAAUCCCGAACCCGUCGGUCUCGGCAGUGGGAAGUCUAAAGUCGUCAUGGAGCUCUCCGACGACUCGGACGGAGAACUACCCGAAAUUCACAGCGGCGACGACGAAGACGAAGAAGACGAAGAAGACGAAGAAGACGAAGGCGAAGAAGACGAAUAA